UUUGAAAAAAUUAAAAAAAGAUAUUUGAAAAAUUAAAUUGAAAGAAAAUCUUUUCAAAAAAAAGUGAUUAUCAUAAAAUAGUUUCUUACAAGCGAUAGCAGAUUUUAAAAAUUGUUUGCUUAUUGUUAUAUGGAUAGUGCCAGCGAUCUCUUGAUUUAAGUAAUGAGCAAAGCCAGUGUUAUAGAAAUCGAUCUAAAUCAUAAUACUAUUAGAAACUAUUUUAUAACUCAUGAGGCGGAUUUCGUUAUCGUAAUCUUAACAAAGUGAAAGAUUUAAAAAAAAAUUUAUUUAAAAAAAAAUAAACCGUUGUUUUAAAACAAGAAAACACCCAUCAUUGAAGUGCUGAAAUGAAGACAUGAAUUAAAUAAUGUUUUUAAAAAUCGUUGAGUGAAAAGAAUGAUAUAAACAUGAAAAACUGAGAUCAAAAGAAGAAUAAAUGUGUGAAAGUUAUAAUGCAGCGGAAAUGAACGCAUCAUUGGAUACAUACACUGUCUUACUUGUUUGUUGUUUAAUUCACGGCUUUGCUGCGCUACGACUUUUGAAGGUAUCAAUACCAUCGUAUAAAUUAAGAGGUGAAUCCGUAUUUCUUGAGUGUCAAUACGAAUUGGAUAAAGUAAGAGAUAUGUCCUUGAUAAAUUCCUAUAGUCCUAAUCGUGACCAUGAAUAUGAUUCACAAAAUGACGCAUGGUUCACAAGUAAACGUGUCCGCACACACCAAAGUCAACAGGAUACUAAAGCACAACGCUACUCACGGCAUGCAUACUAUGAAAAGGAUCUGCAAAAUAAAAACGAACAACAACACACACAACGUUUUCAUUCAUAUCAGCAACGGAAACUGCCUUAUCACGCUCAGUAUUAUGAAGAACGAAUACAAAAACAAAAUCAACCGUACCAUUAUCAACAGUCACUCUCACAGCAUACAUCAUAUCAGCAUGCUUAUUAUCAAACACCAUUUUCAUCAUCGGAUAGCCAAAGCAUAUAUCGGGGGAGAAGUUCACCAUCCGUAAGUCCAAUUGGCGGAAAUCGUUUAGAAGCAAUUAAUUCAUAUAACCCAGAUAUAUAUGGAAAACGCGAUGAUAAUAUUCAUAAAAUGAACGGUUUCGGGCAUAACGAAGCUGAUAAUAGUUUCGGUGAUUACAAUGAACAUUUUAAUGAUGACGAAAAGGAAGGGAAAGAGGAAGAAGAUUAUAAUGAGGAGGAAGAAGGUGAGGCUUUGUAUGCCAUAAAAUGGUACAAAGACAGCGAGGAAUUUUAUCGUUAUGUGCCAAAGGCGAAACCACCAAAAACUAGUUAUAGAGUUGAUGGCGUGCAAGUGAUUGAAGAACAUUCCGACAGCAGUCGAGUGUUAUUAAAAGGUUUAACAAUAAAUUCUACCGGCUUAUAUCGCUGCGAAAUUUCAGCAGAAGCUCCCAACUUUUCAUCUGUUGAAGCCGAGGGUCAUAUGGAUGUGGUCUAUCUUCCCCGUGACGGGCCGUACAUCAGAGGGCAACAACCACAGUAUCAAAUUGGAGAAACUUUAGAUUUAAAUUGUACCUCAGGCAAAUCACAUCCAGCUUCGCAUUUACAUUGGUUCAUAAACGACGAAGCGGCACUUGAUGAACUUAAUUUAAUACGUUACAAUGAAACAAUUCAUCGUUACGGCCUCAUAACAACAACAUUAGGCUUACAGUUGACAAUCGAAACGCGACAUUUUCACAAAGGAACAAUGAGCGUCAAAUGUCUGGCUAGCUUAUCUCCAAUGUUUUGGAAAAGUGACAAAGAAACUGUUUUACAACGACGACAACGACCGGGUUUAAUUGACAAUCGCGAGGCCAUGUUGUUAGAAUAA